GAAACGCACGUCCCAGCCUGCAGAUCUGCUCGCACCGCACCUCCGGCCAAAUUGAUCUUGCAACGCCUCGUGUCCUGGAGCGAGCGGUGCUGUCGCUGAACAACUGUGUGAACGGGAUUCUUGAUGGCACAGGAAUGCAGGAGGCGGAGGCAUAACAGUAUUAUAUCUGCAGUCACACAACACAAAAGUAUUCAAACUUCUGUCCGCGGUGCACGACUGAGCACAUCGGACACCUUUUCCUUAAUCCUUACACAGGAUUUAUCUCGGAUUCGAAACGCAUCGCUUUGUCAGAAUAAACACCAAUAUUUUUUAUGUAGAGAGGCGCACAUUUGAGAGCUUAUUUUCCAUUUCUCGUCUUAACACUUUGUUGUACGAUAGAUAGCCUGCCUACCAUAUACAGUCAUCCAGGCGCUAUUUUUAAGUGCCCUUGGCAAGCGCGUGCCCGGCUACUUUAGCGACUCCCUCAGAACUUUUUAGUUACAAGCGCAGCCUGUGCCAACUAAUAGUGUUCCGUGUUUGCCAAUUGUUUUUUAAAGCAAGUCUUAACAUAGCCAUGAACUAGGUAUAAAAAGGACUGUAUUUAAACCUGCAGGUUUUUAUUCGUACAUCUUUUCAAGGUAAAUAAAAUAAAACAAGGGCGACUAUAGCUGGACAGAGCUGACAAGCUAUUAUUGCUGCACUUUGAUUGUUUUGUAUUUGAGAGUCGUGUGUUAAUCCGGGUUUUAAGGAUGGCUGUUCACAACGUCGUCUCGAGACUUUCAGAAAAGCUGCUGUUCUUUAUGUUUUUGGUUCUGGUUCGUUCAGUUUUGUGCCAUGGCUUGACUGAAGAGUUUACCUCAGGAUCUCUUAUUCUGGAGCCUCUGGACGCAUUGAGAAGAUACGUGGAGUCCAUUGUUGGCACACAUGCAAUUCAGAUUUGUGUUGAGAAUGCGGUCUUGUACCUUGACUCAGUGUUUGGCCCAGAGAACAUCUAUUCCUUUGCUAUGUUUGUCGAAAUGGUGCUGCAGUUUGUAGCAGAAGGAGCCGCCAGUGGGCUGAAUGUCAUUGCUGUGUAUGUGUCUGAGAUCCUCCGAGCUACGGGAGCAAAUGAGAUAAUAUCGAUCCCUCAUUUCACCGCUGAGGGUGUAUCUGCAGUGACAAAGUGGGCUCUGCUGGCUCUUCUUGGCUACUAUCUGCUGUACUUCCUGCUGAGAAUCACCGUGGGCCUCGUAAGGCGAGUGUUUUGGCUUGUCAAGCCAGUCGUGGUAGUGUGGCUGUUUGUGCGGAUCGUCAGUGACCACGUCGCAUCACCUGAAGUCACCACAAUGAGACUGAUUCUGCUGGUGCUCCUCUGCGCCGUAUUCGCAGUCGCAACGAGCAGCGGUGGAGGGAAAAACGGGAGCCUGGAGAGCCGAAUCAGCAAACUAGAGGGACAAGUCGAUGGGACGGAAAAGAAAACACGGCAGUGAUGAGCAGCUCAUUACAAGUAGGCAAUAUAGACAUGGACUUACAAGAACAGAAAGAUGAGCACUCAGGGAUGACAUGCUAAGCGUCUGAUGCAACUCUGAACAGCAUUACUAGUAUUUCUGUCUUAUUUGGCCAGUUCUCUUCUGCUUUGAGUGUAUUUGAUAACCCAUAUUCUGUUUUUACUAAAUGUAAAGCAUGAAGACUAAACGUCAUCUGACAGCUCUGUGAAUGUCAUGUGGUACAAUUAAAGUUAUCCUUGAGUGUU